AUGGAGAACGGAAACAUCAGCCAGGGCGAGGGCAAGGACCCCUCCAGCUUCCUCAGCGAUAUCAUCGGCAACCCCGUCACCGUGAAGCUCAAUUCGGGCGUCGUCUACAAGGGUGAGCUUCAGUCCGUUGAUGGCUACAUGAACAUCGCCCUGGAGAAGACGGAGGAGUACGUCAACGGCACCAAGAGGCGGUCAUACGGCGACGCAUUUGUGAGAGGAAACAACGUCAUGUACAUUUCGGCAGACUCUUAG